UUCAACAUUUCUGAGGACAGAACAUCUUUACAGAAACGUAGCAGCAGCCUCUAUUAGGACGAAAUUACUUAUGGAAAGCCUUCAAAUUAAGAUGCUGCUGUAUGUAAACAUCUUGAUACUGCUCGUCCGAGAGGUCGCUUUGUCGAGCAUCCUGACCACGCCAUCAAGAGGAUGUCCAACCUGCACAGGAAAGCCUGUGGGAUUGAACGUGGCCUCUCUGGCUCCUGGGGAGCCGUGCGGCGUCUACACUCUGAGCUGUGCUCCAGGUCUGCGCUGUGAAGCUCCACAGGAAGAGCCGAGGCCCCUGCGUGCCCUGCUGGAGGGCAGAGGAGUCUGCAGCAAUGUCAGCAGCACCACACCGACUCCACAGGUCUACCCUGCAGAACCGGCGCCAACUGAGGAGCCCAAUGAGGCUCCCUGUCGCAAACUUCUAAUGAAAGUCGUCCAAGGUCUUGAUGCCCAUUUAUUUAAGUCCCAUCAAAAUAUCUACGUACCCAACUGUGAUAAAAGCGGUUUCUACAAAAGGAAGCAGUGCUGGUCGUCUCUGGGGAAGCAACGUGGAAAGUGUUGGUGUGUGGACGAGAACGGCCUCCACGUCCCACCGAAGACUAAACAACAGGGCAACGUGAUUUGCUGAGGAGCAGGAAAGACGUCACAGAUGAAGGAACAUCGGACUAAAACCUGAACUCGUCGUUUCACAUGUUACGUUUCUGUCAGAUGGAAGCAGAUCUUCCUCCCCGAGGAGAUGCGUAACGAUCAAACUUUGUCUCCUGACGCCCUCUGCUGAAUACACUCAGAUUGUGCUGAUUUGAUUCUUUCACUUUCAGCUGCCCUGCACAUUCGAUGGAGAUCGGACUGCAACUAAAAGUAAUCCAGAUAAAAUUAAAUACAGAAUGAAAUUAUGAACAGAGUGCCACAAAUGAAACUUAUUUAUUAUUAAUGGCCAGAAAUCAGUUACAGAACAUUCACAAGCUAGCAAUGAGAAAUUACAAACUCUUUUACGACUGUGUUCAGGUUCUAUGACAUUUACAUAUUUUCAAUAUGCUCCUCCUUACUUUCCUUCGAAACCACUCUCUUUUAAAAGUACCUGCUGCACAUAAAACAUGUCGCCAUAUUUAUCUGACUGUAGAUACGUCUAUUUAUGUUAAAUUGUUCAUUAUGUUAGUGUUACAUAUAAAAGCAAACACUAGGACUCCUUUGAGGGAACUUAGGAACCUGAAUGUUUAUUAUUUAUAACAUCUGUGACUUUUAAUAUUGGUUAUGAUGACUGAUUAUUUUAGGUAGUAUUACAAUAAUGUCCAUGAACUACUUUUUGUGUAAUGUAUUCUUGUGAAGUAAAAUAUUGUAUAAAAAAUGUUCUUCUUUCUUUCUGCAUAAGCAAAUGGACUCAUGAUA